AUGGCUGCACAGAAAACAGUUUUGUUGGUACUAAUGGGAACUACAGCAUGUUUUUCUGUCGAAGGGUCUGGAAGUUCUCAUUUUUCUUAUUUUGAAGCCUUUCAAAACAAGAGGCUGAUAGGAUAUGUUAUCAAACGGUUUGAUUCACCGAGUUUGUUAUCGUGCGGUCAGAAAUGUCUGAGUAACACCUGGUGUACUUCCACCAACUUCAAGUUUUCAUCCAAGAAGAAAAGCAUUGGAGGGACUUGUGAACUGAACAAGCACGACGUCUCUGUUGUGAGUGAAAGAAGCAACUUUGCUGAUCAAGAAGAAACAACUUUUUCAAGGUUUCUAAAUGUUAGUAUUCACUUUGCUUGUUCUAAGCAAGAAGUGGAACCCAGUUUUCACUUUGCAUUUAUAAUCAUCGGGUUUAGUAAUCAUUUAUAAUUUAUCAUGUAAUAUUCUCGGCCAGUGACCAAUUGAGAGGCAUCAAGUGACGGAAUAUAAGAUACCUUGAAUAUUAUAUGUUUCUUGAAGGUAACACUUUUCCACAAGCCACAGAUAAGAAAUGUCUGUGGACGAUAUCUGAGUGUAUGCGCAAAGAAAAUUUUCAUGGACACUUCGGGAAAUAAUUUGUUGGAGUACUUUAACCUAAAUGUCUCGUUUUCCAUCGACUGAUAACAACAGGUUUGCCAGAAAGGAUGGGCUCUCCACUCUCAAACAUGUUACGUUGUUUUCGACACUCCAACGCAAAAUUGGACUGAAGCCCGCAGGGUUUGCAAGAAGUACGGGGGAGAUCUGCCAGUAAUCAGAUCUGCUGAUGACAACAACUUCAUACUCGAUCUGAUUCUAAAUCAGGAAUUAGUGCAACACUUUGGUGUGUGGAUUGGACUUUACAGAAAACCUGACAACGAGUUCUACUGGAUUGACGAUACUCCUGUGACAGGCCAGUUUUCUGCAUGGGCAAAAGGAGAACCAAACAGUGGUCAAGAGAAAUGUGCCAAUAUAUUUGCCGGAAAACUCUCACCAUUGGGAAAGUGGAAUGACAUCAGCUGUAAUUUAGCUCGUGAAUUCCAACAGUCUGCCCCUUUUGUUCUUUGCCAGAAAGGCUUACUAUAAAUCAACCCAUCCAUAAAUUCCAUCUAAACGUUAUGUAGGUCUAACUUUUGUGAAAAGCGUCACCAUAGGACCAAAAAAGGUCGAUUUAGUGUGUGUUUGAAACACUAGUAAAUGGACUGGGCCCUAGUUGGUUUUUGUGAGAUGUUCAAGUAAGUGCCACUGAAAUCUUACCAAGGCCUAACGUUUGAAACAUCAGUUUUGGAAACAUUCUAAAAUGGUCAAUCUACAUUAUCAACUCAUUAGAUGAAAUCAGAUAGUCUUGCAAUACUCCCCCUCUUGCAAUACUCCCCCUCCCUCCCCCCACGCAGUACAAUACCCCCCCCUCCCACCCACGCAGUACCAAAGUUCAUGCGAACUUUUUUGUACAUUGAGAUUUAAAUCAUCUGAAAAUUAUUAAGUUUUCUCUCCUUAGGUACGAUUUUAAUACUAUUUAUUCCUCUUGGAAAGGACAGAUUCAAAGCAGCCGGUCAGAGAAACAAGAAACACCCCCUGAUAAAGCCGUAAGAGAAUAACUGGCGAUGUCAAUUGAUGUGUGGUGUGGGCGAGGGGGGAGGAAGUGGCUGUGACAGCCAUUAUCAACUGCAGUUUCAAAACAAACUGGGUCGAUUUAAUUACCUUGACGCUUUCACCUUAAAAUUUAUUAAAUGGCAGAAUUACUUUUGAACCUUUAAAAACGCUGAGAAGAGAAUUAGGGGUCAUUUCAUACAACGUAUCUUGAAAGCAGGAAACUACCUGCAUAAGUGGAAUGGAAGUAUUACUUUUUUAAUUUUAGAAACGCUGCAAAGAGAAUUAGGGGUCAUUUCAUACCACGUAACUAGAAGCAGGAAACCACCUGCAUAAGUGGAAUAUAAGCAAAAAAUUAACCUGACGUCAAUUACUUACGUCACCUACGGGAUAAACCUUUGCUACAUAACAAGGUAAAAUUCCUUAAUCACUUCGUAAGGUUGAUACUUUGAGCUUUCGCGGAAAACACUUAGUAGAACAUAUACAUUACACAAACUGAAAUAAACAAACAAAUACCGAUAGGCUUCUUAUGAGAAGAUAAGAGAAAUUUGACGCUCCUAAAUUAAAUCUUGUUUUAAUCGUCCAAUUUUUGGGGGAACUGGAGAAUACCGAAGAGGUUCUCAACGAGGUGAUGGCUUUUACGGCUUAUGGGUUAUGUCAUUCCAUUUUAUUACCUUAAAUUUUUUUUACGGUGAACUUUUUUCACGAAUAUUUGAUAAAAUUUGUCAGUUUUUACGGUUAAUACCAUCGAGACCCUCACCGAAGGGAUAACUGUUAUUAGAGAAACGAAGGAACCAAUUGAUUUAAAAUUCUAUCGAUGUAAGAACUGAAUCAGUGAAAGCUUAACCUUUAAGUGAACAAAAAGUUUUAUUACCUUUAGCAGCAUUAGCAAAGUAAACAUCCUUCAUAUAAGCAGAGUUAAUAUUUUCCUUAACAGUAAGAAUUACGUGUGUGUUUAUCACGAAGUCCCUUUGGCAUCUCUCUUGGAGUCCAGCUUAAAACUUGUGCAGAAUGCCAUCUAUUUCUAAGAAAUUUCUCACUGCUUGAUGGCAAACCAGAAGAGUCAAACCGUCUACAUUUUCUCAAUGCCACGCUAUACGUGUUAAAACUAUUAUGUGCAUCAACUCAAUCUUUAAUAAGCUACGCGAAGCGAAACUCUUCCCAGCAUUCUUCAUUUCCUGCCGAGUUUCCCUCCGUCAAAAUGUUUGUCUGGCAACUGAAGCUAAUCCGGAAGGAAAACAUUUUGUUAAUUCAAACCAUUCGCACUUAAUUGAAAGAUAGGAUGAACACUUUCAAAGGUUCUUUAAUAACGGAAUCAUAUUCAGUACAAUGUUACAGUUAACUUGAACUAAAGGCAGGUAUGGCUGCGUAAAAGGAAAUUUUGUUGUUAUUUCUCUUGAGAACUACGGCUCGUUUUCUGCCAAAUACAACAACCCAAAAUUCCUCUUUUUUCUUUUAUUUGAAACCUUAGAGGUUGAUGGGAUACGCCGUCAAACAGUUUGAUUCACCCAGUUUGUUAUGGUACGGUCAGCAAUGUCUGAGAAACACCUGGUGUAUUUCCAUCAACAACAUGUCGUCCUCUACAAGGAGAGACGAAGGAACCUGCGAACUAAUUAAACAAACACAGCAUGUCCAUUAA